AUUGUUUUUUGGUUUCAUUUCCACAACACAUCACAGUUCACAUUUAGAAUCAGGAGGACAGCAGGACCAAGGGGACCCCUGCUAUCAUAUUCACAUCAUAUUUUAUUACUGAGGCCAGCCAUGGUCAAGCUACGCAGUGAAACAUACAAACCGGAAAUACGAUGUUUUGACUUUCAAAAUAAAAGUGUAAUAUUUUUGACUGAGGUUUAAAGAGCCCGCUGAACAUUUUUAAUUUCUUGCGUGACCUGUGUCCUUACGCCAUGGAACCAGAAUGAAACAUAAUAUAUAUUCUGGUAGCCAAAGCCAACAAAUUUACCAACUUACUUACAAAAAGUUGGAUACAUGCAAUAAACAUACUGUUUGGUUCUAGUUUAAUACAAUUAUUUUUGUUGCCCAAAACCUAGAAUAUGAAAUAUAACAGCCAAAUUGUUUAUGGGAACACGAAUUUAGAAAAAAAUUAUCGGUCAGUUGUGUCCUUCUACUGAGGCUACUUCCGGUGUUAUCUCGGUGCUUUCGUUUUCACACAGUCAGGUGAACACUCGGGACAUGUUGCGCGUGUUCCUCCGUUCUGUGACUCCCAUGGCUCCAAUGCUCUGGUAAUUUUCUUCACUUGACAUGGACAUGGAGCCUCUGGACGUGGAGGCCCUGAACUUCACGGUGGAGGCUGCGACGGGGCAGCCCCUGUGUGAGGCGUGGCGGGAGUCCGCGGAGGGCUCCGUGUUCCACCUCGCCAACAUCCUCCUGUUCCUCGGCUUCAUGGGCGGCAGCGGCUUCUACGGGCUCCUCUACCUCUUCACCUUCCUCACCCUGGGCUUCUUCUGCUCCACCCUGUGGGCCUGGGGGGACCCCUGCACCACGGACUCCUUCCUGUGGAGCUUCGCCCUGUUCGGGGUGUGUCUGGGACAGGUGCUGCAUGUGUCCUACCGCCUGAGGAGCGUGUCCCUCAGUGAGGACUUCCAGGAGCUCUACAAUUGCAUGUUUAAGAAGCUGGGGGUGUCGCUCACUCACUUCGGGAAGAUAGUGACCUGCUGUGAGGGAGACAUCCACACCCUAGAGAGGGACCAGUGCUUCGCCGUGGAGGGGAAGACUGCCAUAGACAAGCUGUCGGUGCUGCUGUCUGGCAGGUGACCUGUGUUUACCUUCAACAUGAAUAUAGUCUCACACUUUCUGUAGGCCUAUUUAAAGUUUUAAUGAAGUUUUGAUCUGCAGGAGAUUAUUUGCACGUUUUGUUUAAGACUAACCAGAGGUGGAAUAAGUACUGUAUUUGAAUAAACUAAACGUACCAGAGUGUAGGAAUUCUCAUGUAAGUCCUGCAUUCAAAAUAUCACUCAAGUGAAAGUAGAAAAGUUUUCA